GCAAAAGUGAGGUUAUUUUAGUUGUAAACAUUUACAAUUCUUUUAAUAAAAAUGCAUUCAAAUGGUACAAAAGAAGUAGAAGAGAAAUCCAGAGAUGAAAAAACUCCAGCCCUAUCAUUAGAAGAAAAAAUCAAACAAUUAAGUGUACCCAUAGUCGAAUCUGUAUCAAAACAACACAUUGAAAACUUCAAGUUCUUCAACGAGAGACAUUACGUAGAGUAUUAUUCCUCCUACUGUAAUAAAGAAAAACAAUACGAGGACAUGUGCAUAAGAGUUCACACUAACAAACUGAUCUUGAUAACCUUAGCAUACGGAAACAAUAUCGUUAAGUCCAAUAAAAACAUAACCGAGAUAGAUUUUGUUAUUAACAAAGGUGAUAGAUCUAGGAUAAACUUGAAAGGCAAACGAAAAUUAGGCGCGAAACAGAUGCACCCGGAGACCGUAGUUUGUAAAGUAAAGCUCGAAGGUGAAGAGGAAUUGCGGAAUAUAAGAGCAGGAGUGAAUGGUUAUCUCAUAGAAAUCAACGAAUUGAUUAAAAGCGAUCCGAAUUUGCUUAAAAACGAUCCGAAAUGCAACGGAUUCUUAGCCAUCAUAAUGCCCAAAGGUCCACUGCAAGAAUCCAAGUUAUUAAACCACAAUGAACAUUUAAUAACCGAAGAAGCUUAUGCAAAGUUAUUAUUAGAAAGAAAUACUACUUAAUUUAUUUUUAAAUAUUUUCUAUAAUGAUUAAUAAAGUGAC